AGCAGUUUUGGCCCAGAGCUGCUGGCUGCUAGCUGCUAGCGCCUGAUAGACAUGGGCGCAGUCAGCAGUAACAUUCGGAGUUGCCGUGUUAGAGCAAUGGCCCGCAAGUAUCACGACGUCGAGCAAAGAAGCAUGGGUGGAAGCAGGAGGCUGCCGAAAGACGAAAGAGCGGACGAACACCACCGGGUGCUUUGCAGCGACUCAGACCUCGUCCUUGCCCACACGAUAAAGCAGGCAUUUCUGCCGUGCUCUUUAUUACCUUCCAUUCCAAAAAGCAUUUGCUGUCGCGAGUGCCAUGGCUUCUUGUGCGAUCAGUCCACAGAGAAGGAGUUCUACUUCUGCCGGCGGUGCCGAGACGUGGGCCUCGUCACGGUGGUUUGCGCGCAUUGCCAGGGGAACGAAGAUGACAGGUGCCACAAACGCCGGCUCUGGACGCCCAGCUGGGGCGAGCAGCGCGUCGUGCGCCGGGAGAGGCUCUGUGACCAAGCAGAUGCCAAGAAGCACACCAACAGCUUGAACGUGCCGCAGCAUUGCCACUACUCUUCAGAGGCUAGCUCCCAGUUGGGCUCACCUCUGCGGAAGCAGGCAGCUAGCUCUUCUACGUCUGCGUGCUCGUCCCCCAGGCCAAGCCCAAGGUCCAGAGUGGGCUCCAAGCAAAGCUCUGGCACCGCCAGCAGCACAUACUGACCCCCUCGCUCGGGAACCUCCGCGCCCAGGCAAAGAGGGCUCACCCGUUCUGGUUUACUUUUGCGUUCGGCACGCCUUCCAGCCUUGGGGCGGUUAGGAGCCGAGCUUGGCGUGGAGCGUCAGCCAAACGGGACGAUUUACCCACACGUCCCCUUCCUUUCCAGCGUUUCAAGAUGCCAAAACCUUCCAGGGAACCUCUGGAGACUUUUAAUUGCAAUUCCUUUAUCGGGCAUACAUACGUGCCUCAUGGAGAUGCAUAAUACAUCACAGGUUAGGCUCUUAGGUUGACGCGACCUGCUUGUACAGCAAGCCAAUGAGUUUGGUGAAGUUGCAAAUGUCGGCAGCUGGACAAUUCUCUGAG